ACUUCGACUCUUUAAUCCGGUAAUGCUCUACGGACAACACCUAAAGUCGCACUAGUCUUUCUCUUCUUUAUCCAAUCUUAUUGUGGCUGACACAGAUCCAACAGCACCUUAGAAGGAUGGAAAUAAAGUGAGUUAAGCGUAUUAAGUGUCACAUUACCCGAAAUAUCAAAAGGUCCCAAUUUUUGGUGCGCUCGCUCAGCACAGCUCAGCACAAAACGGCGGUUAGAGCAGGCAGCGCCGAAUUCGGCUGGCAACAAGGAGUAGCGAGCAGCCAAAGCAAAAGCUGCAUCGUCCGACAGCAAGCUCUGUUGAUUUGGGGUGUCUGCCUUUGCCGAGUGUUAGGUGUGUGUAGGCGGUUUUUCGGAUCGCAGCGUCAAAAUACAUCGAAAAGAAGCGAAGCGUGAAACCCGCGCCUCGGCGUCUGGCUGUGCGGCAGCGUGUUGCGACCGCAAGUGGCCGGGCACCACCUGCGACAGUCGAAGAGGGGCUCUGGCGACGACAAAGGCGCCGAUGAACGUCGCGGACGGACCAUCAUGCGGGAACCGCGAGUCUCUUCGAGGUGGACAUGCCUAGCGUCGGCGGUGCUGUUCGCCGGACAGUAGUGUUUGUGCCGAGUGGCUAUGAGUCCCCGUGGGGCUUCGGGAGAACCACGCAGCCUUCCCGUUGUUUACAGUGCACGCUCGCGUAGCAGACGAAGGGAGCCCGACGACUUGUACUGACAGGACGACUGCGACAGGAGGGGCAGCGUCUUCCCCCGAAACGUCUCUCUCAAAGAUGGAGAACAUACCAGAUCCGGAGAGGCUCCGGAGGCUCCAGGAGCUGGAACGCAAGCUCCUGGACCACACGUCGGAGAUCCAUGUCGACGGCCUCCUGGAUGCUGUCCAGGCUCUGGUGAUGGACUGCAACAGUCCAGCCCUCCGAAGGAUGAAGAACAUCGACAGCUUCCUCAAUCGAUACGAGAAGGCGGUGGCGAACGUAUCAUCGUGCCGAAUGAAGCCAGAUGACUUCAAGGUUAUCAAGACCAUUGGCAGGGGUGCCUUCGGAGAGGUCCAACUGGUACGCCACAAGUGGACCAAGCGGGUGUACGCCAUGAAGCUGCUGAGCAAGUUUGAGAUGAUGAAGCGUUCGGACUCUGCCUUCUUCUGGGAGGAGCGCUUCAUCAUGGCGCACGCCCGCUCCCAGUGGAUCGUGCAGCUGCACCAGGCCUUCCAGGACGAUCGGCGUCUCUACAUGGUGAUGGACUACAUGCCCGGCGGAGACCUGGUCAACCUGAUGAGCAACUACGACGUACCCGAGCACUGGGCCCGCUUUUACUGCGCGCAGGUGGUGCUUGCGGUUGACACCGUCCACUCCAUGGGAUUCGUCCACAGAGACGUGAAGCCAGACAACAUGCUUCUUGAUGCAAGGGGCCAUCUGAAACUUGCUGACUUUGGAACCUGCAUGCGCAUGGAUGCUGAUGGCCUGGUGCGGUCAGACCAGGCAGUGGGCACGCCCGACUACAUCUCGCCAGAGGUGCUCAAGAGCCAGGGGGGUGAAGGCUGCUACGGCCGCGAGUGCGACUGGUGGUCGGUGGGCGUGUUCCUGUACGAAAUGCUCGUCGGGGACACUCCUUUCUAUGCCGACUCGCUAGUCGGCACCUACGGCAAGAUCAUGGACCACGCCAACUCCCUGUCGUUCCCGGAGGACGUGGAGGUCUCCCCGCACGCCCGACACCUCAUCUGCUCCUUCCUCACCGACCGAAAUUACCGGCUAGGAAGGAAAGGUGUGGAGGAGAUCAAGGCACACCCUUUCUUCCAGAACGACCAGUGGACAUUUGACAACAUCCGUGAAGCCGUACCGCCUGUGCUGCCUGAGCUGAGUGGUGACGAUGACACGAGCAACUUUGAUGAUGUGGACCAGGACGAGACACCCGAGGAGCACUUUCCCGAGCCCAAGGCCUUUGCAGGCAACCACUUACCCUUUGUGGGAUUCACCUACUCGGGGGACUAUGCACUGCUCUCGACAGCGCACCUGCACGGUGUUGACGGCUUCAAUGAGGGAAAUGGCCCCUCACCGGAUGUUCUUCAGGAGGAGAUCACAGUCCUUCGUGAGGCCAAGGAGGAAGCUGAGCAGAAAUACAGGCACACGCUGAAACAACUGGAAACUGUGGCGGCACAGAAUGAGCAGACAGCUCUUUUGGCCUCUGACAACCGAGAGCUCAACAAAAAGAUGACGCUGCUUUCGCAUGAAAUCAAGGAGAGCCAGCGCAAGUAUGAGACGGAGUGCGAACACCGGCGCAAGGCAGAGAUCAAGCUGCAGGAACUGUGGUCCAAGCUGGAGUGCGAGCAACAGUCUCGGUCCCAGAUGGCCUCAGCCUCUCAGGCUGCGUCAGAGAAGGCGUCAGCACUUGAAAAGCAGCUGUGGGAGCUAAAUGACAAGCUGAAGCAGGAGGCGGAUGCAACGCUGAAGCUGAAGAAGGCCAAUGCGGAGCUUGCACUGAGCGUUUCAACACGGGAACGUGCCUGCCAAGAACUGCAGGAGACUGUGGCUGCCUUGCGCGGCCAGAUGGGCUCCCAGGAGCGAGACCUCUCCAACCUGCAGAUACAGCUCGAGCAGGAAAAGACCGCCUGGUCGUCGCGUGCCCAAGAGCUUGAGAGCCGGCGGCAGGCGCUUCAGCUGGAGCUGGAGCGGCUGCGGGAGCGCGAGGCCCACGCACUUGAGGAGGCCCACAGGCUCUCGGCGCGCGUCCUCGAGCAGGAGAAGCAGCGCGCCGUGCUCGAGCUGGAGCUGCGCAACGCCCAGAACCGCCUGGACCGGCAGGCCUGCCCCGACAAGAGGCCUGGCGGUAGGGGCACUGCGGACGGCGAGAACAGCGCGGAGGCCCUGGCAGCACAGCUGGCCGAGGAGCGGCAAGCACGCCAGCAAGCCGACGCCGCAGUUCAAGACCGCGACCGGCAGAUGUCCAUGCUCAACGUGGACUACCGACAGCUGCAGACGCAGCUGCAACGGCUGCAAGGAGAGCAUCGGCAGGAGGCGGACAAGGCCCAGGCCCUGCAAGCGCAGCUGGACGAGGAGGUCCGCCGACGUGCGCAACUCAGCCAGCAGGUUGCCCAGCAGGCCCAGGAGGUGGCCCGGCUGGCACUGCGGGACCGGCAGGCGCAGGCCGCCCUGGCGGAGGCCCGCCAAGCACAGCAGGCCGCCCAGGAGGAGCUGGGCAAGAUGCGGACGGCAAAAACAGUGGAUGACUUGCAGAUGAAGGAGCUCCAAGACCAGCUCGAGGCUGAACAGUACUUCACGACGCUAUACAAGACGCAGGUCCAUGAGCUGAAGGAGGAGUUGGACGAGCGCAACCGGGCAGUCCAGGAGCUUGAAGAACGGCGCCAGGUGCUGAGUCGAGAGCUUGAGGUGGCCACGGUGCGUGCAGACUCACUCGAGCUCCACCGUUCGGUCCUCGAAGACACCGCUGCAGGACUUGAGAAAGACAGGGCAGUACGCGAGUUGGAGAUGGAGCAGCUGCAGAAGCAGCUGAAUGCCGAGCGGUCCAUGCACGAGUCCACCCUUGCCAAAGAGCGCCAGGAGCGGCAGGCCGAGGAGGCACGCCACGAGCAGCUCCAGAAGCAGCUUGGCCAGGAGCGCAUGCUCAAGCUGCAGGCCGUCAACAAGCUGGCCGAGAUCAUGAACCGCAAGGACAUUGCGGGCGGCGGCAAGGGGCGCGCGGCCGGAGACCUGCGGCGGCGUGACCGCGAGGUGCGCAAGCUGCAGCAGGAGCUCACCCAGGAGCGUGAGAAGUACGCACAGAUGGUCAGCCGCCUCCAGAAGGAGCUCGCCGAGCUGCAGGCAAGUGCUCAUGAGGAGGGCCAGGCACGCCUCAAGCUCCAGAUGGAGCUGGACUCCAAAGACUCCGAGAUGGAACUCCUGCGGCGAGUGGCAUCUGCUGCGGCCCUGACGUCUCCAGAUGCCCUGUCGCCCGUGACAAACUCUGGGGGAGGUGGAGGUCGGGACGGUGACCCCCAGCGCCUCGAAGGCUGGCUCUCAGUGCCGCAGAAGCAGAACAUUCGGCGGCACGGCUGGCGGCGGCAGUACGUGGUGGUGAGCUCGCGCAAGAUCCUCUUCUACAACAACGAAGCGGACCGGGCAAAUGCGGACCCUGCCCUCGUCCUUGACCUGAGCAAGCUGUUCCACGUGCGCUCCGUCACCCAGGGCGAUGUCAUCCGUGCUGACGCCAAGGACAUCCCCCGCAUUUUUCAGGUCCUUUACGCAGGGGAAGGUGAGAGCAGAAAGCCUGGAGACUGCCCCGAUCCACCACAGCUCAAAGAUCUGAGCACACUGGAGCACAAGGGCCACGACCUAGUCCCGAUCUCGUUCCACAUGCCGACCACCUGCGAGUUGUGCCCCAAGCCACUGUGGCACAUGUUCAAGCCGCCACCGGCCCUCGAGUGCCGCCGCUGCCGCCUGAAGCUGCACCGGGACCACGUCGACAUGCUGGCCCCUUGCAAGGUGGACCCCACCUCGGCCAAGGAGCUGCUGCUCCUGGCACCUACAACGGACGACCAGCGCCGCUGGGUUGCCCAGCUGCGCAUCCGCGUCGAUGCCUGCGGCUAUGCGGCGUCCUCUGCCGCAGCCGCGGCUGGAUCUCCCGGGGCCAUCCGCCUACGCAAGUUUCCCUCGACAGCGUCGUCCAGCUCCAACACGUCGGUGUCAUCGGUGUCUGGGCCCGGUGGCAAAGCGGCAACACUGCCGAGCCGCAAGUGCUAGUCUCAUCCUCUUCCUCCGCGUCCCUCCGCGGACUCUUCGAGCAUUCUCAUGCAAUCCCAGGGGCAAGGUUGGUGCCAGUACCACUUUACCGCCUGCGCUGGAUGCAGCCUGGGUUAGCACUUUCUGCCGUUGAUGCGGCGGGCCUUCCAGAUGCACGCGCUCGUGCUCGGACGGGAUGAUGCAUGCUUUUGGGCGACUCACUACCAGUUUGUACUGGGGCUUUUCUCUUCCCUUAUUUCUCACACGAAGAGUGCAGCUGUUGCUGUCAUGCUGCUCGCCCUGAGCCUAUCGCGGUCAGGCAGGAGUCCACAGCCUAGUACUUGAAGACACCACAAGGCACUAGGCAAGAAGAGCACUCCUCGUGACAGUCGGCCGAUCUGCUGAAAGAGAAGCGAUUCUUGUCUAUUGAAAGUUUAAUCUGAACAUGUUGCCGCUCUAGUAGCUGACAAGCUUCAGUAUCUCGGUACAGUGAAGUCAGUGCCACCUGCUUUUAGGUCUGUUGUUUCUUUAGAAUCAUUCCUGCUGGCACUCUCCAUGUGUAAUGGUGAAUCUGAGGCUUUUUAACUUUGACAGCAGCAAUUUCGCAUCCAACUUUGGCUGCCCCAACUGUUUUAAAAUCUUAUGGCCAUUGCGCUGUACUGGCCAAAAGUUGUUCUGUCGGUUGGUCUGUAUGUCAUAAGGUGGAACGAUGCAUUCUCCAUUAAGCAUAGAAGUCUUUUGUUGUGCACAUGCCUGCUUUGAGUUUCCUCUGAUAGGAUGCUGCAGCUUCGCUAUUAGCACUUCUGCUUCUGAAAUGGUGUGCUGUGCGUCGUGGCAACCGCAAGGCCAUGAAUCUUGUAUGUCACCACUUGCUCAUUGACUACAGCACGCAUUGUGAAACUUGCAUCAGAGGUGAUGUCGUUAAACUACCACACAAAGAAACAAAACAUCAGAAAUUGAAGCAUGCAGAAGUAGUUCGAAGAUGGAGCCUAUUCCUUCGGGAUGUGACUCAGCGUAAACUCAAGUGCCUUAUUGUGGAUGCCAGAGCUGAGCAGCCAGGUGGCCCGCAUUUACAGCAAGAAACAGAGACAAGCAGAAGGAGGGUUGCUCAACCCUGAUUGGUGCCCCAUAGGUGUUUGUGUGUGUCGAGAAACAAAAACUGUGCACGUAAACACACUUGUUUGCAUGCACAAGUUAGCAUUUGUUUUGUAUGCUGCUGUCUCAUUUCUUGUUGCUUCAUUCUAUCAAGCGUCUGCCGUGGUGUCUCUUAUUCAAUCUGCCAAUAGCACUACAGCAGCUAGCAGCGUUGGCAUUAGUGUAAAGAAUGUAAGAUAUAAGCGCAUAAUAUCUGUUGUAGUGAGAUGUAUGCAAGCGUACAGCAUUGGUUGCCUAAAGUGCAAGUCACAACAGUGCUUGCAGUGUGAGUGUAACACUGUUUGAAUUACAUGAAUAAUUUACAGCGCAGCCUCCAAGCUGUUGUUUCUGCAUCUAAUAUUACCUUGGACUGUGUUUUAAGGAGUGGGCCCAGACCUGCAGGUUGGCAGCAGUGCAUUUGCUGCUACACGCUUGACAAAAGUGAAAUCCACCUCAGUAUUGGUUCUAAUUAUGCCAUAGUUGCAACGUAGUAAUUUUGGCAGUUCUAGUGUCCACUGGUUGAAUUAUUCGUAAUGUGUGCAAACAUGCUUUCCACUUCCAUUUUUCAAUUUCUGAAGAAUGAUCACAAUCGCGUUCACUAGGGUGCCACUAGUGUUCAAUAGAGUGUCGUGCCACGUAACAAGCUCCAAAUGGCAUUUGUGCCCAUUAUGCUUAGUGCAAUCUUUCACUGUGGUUAACAGCUCGGGUUGUCUCAAAAGCAGAAGACUUAUCAUCAUCAGCAUUCACCUUGUUGUGGCGUUAUUUAGCAGAUCGAACUACGAUGAAGCAGCCCUUUUGUGCUGCUGCACUUUUAAAAAUGCCUGCUCAAGAUUGUUAAAUUUUCCUCGUGCCAUGGUGGCAACUAGUCGUUGUGGCAUCAGAUAUUUACGAGACUGACAUUGCAGUCCUCAUUUUGUUUGGUUAGACAGAGCUGUAAUGUAUUUUUUUUUCUUUUUAUUUUUUUUACGAAAGGCGCGAGUAGUACUUGGCCAACAUGUUUCUCUUCUGCUUGGUUACGUGCCUGUAUUAGUUGCAAGUGUGACUGUUUGUGAGCUUUGUGUACAUUCCUGCAUGUGCAAGGCCUCAAAUACAUGCCAAUUGCACUUUUUAUUCUGUACUUCAAGCAUACCUGGCAAAUUUUACAAAUUUAUUGUAAAAAAUAGUGCGAUUUUUUAAAAUUUGUUUAUGAUCGUCAUACUGACACGAAUAAUUUAGCGACUUUCAGGUUGCGUCUGGUUUAGGGUAAAAUCUGAUUUUAAAAAAAUACAAAUACCGUGGCCAAUGGAGUUUUCAGAGUGGGAUUUUUCAGACCCGCUUGAAUAUUCGGACUGACUUGCAUCACUGCCACCUGAUCCAUAGAAACAGUGCGUAACAGCAAACUAAAUUUUAGCCGGCGUCACAUGAAUAUUACGUGAACAAACUUCACGAAUAUUUCCAUUUGCCUGUGGCUCAGAUGACUCUAGUUCGAGUUAUAGAGCAGUGCAUCUAUUCACAGCAUGAGUAAUAAAACAAUUUUCUGUAUUUCUCACGAAAUUUUUGUAUUUUAUGGCUUCGGCUGUAAUACUUUUCAAAUUUUAAGGUUGGCAUGUCUGCUCAAGCCACCUGGGUUUAACGAAAUGGUCUCAGAUAAGCUUUGAAAGUACAUCUCUGUAGUAAUUACACGAAAACCUCGAUAUAACGAACACGAAUAUAACGAAUUAUUGUAUAUAACGAAGUAAAUGUAAAACUUUUCUCACCAAUAUCAGUGUGUAAAGAAGAUAUGCUUAUAACGAAUAUCGGAUUUAACGAAGAUAUUUUCGUGUCGGGUGCGACUUCGUUAUGGCGAGGUUCAACUGUAUUAGGUUUAUUAAAGGGUCUGAUCAAAGGCAUCGUCGUUUCAUCUGUGUACGUUUUGCGUUGUCAAUAGUUGUCAGUCCCUUAAAUAUUUCAUAUCGGUGAAACACUAGCAGGGAGCUAUGCCUGAACAAAAAUAACCCUUUUGGUUAUGAGAAAUCGACAAUUGUGGCAAACGUAUGUGCUUGCCGACUUUAGUGAUUAAGGUAUGCGACCGGGCUAGUUGGUGUUGAUCCUUGACGUAUAACAGCGCGAAACUUUUUCGGCAAAAGAAACAGACGUAGAUAAGCGCUGACUGCAGACUUAGGCCCUAGAACGAGGGUGUUUUCACGAAGUCGGGUAGGGAGACGUCGCACCUGUAGGGAGACGUCGCCGUCCGUGUGGACUACCACGCUGUGUCUCUUUCUUGAGGUCGGCGUGUUGCGGCGAAGAUGAAGCAAGGCCUGUAGCCGCAUUUUUUCCACCGUGUGGUCGACGAGUGCGUUGAACUCCCGCCACCUUUUCCUCUUUGCUCCGAUGCUCGUUUUUUCGUGCUGUAUCUGGACCUACAGGAAUUCACGGCACAGGCGUCUUUGCCUCAGCCUGGUCAUGGGUUGAGGGUCCGCAAAAUCCUGCGGUCUGAGUGCCUGAGGCAAGGACGCCUGCACCGUGAAUUCCUGUAGGUCCAGAUACAGCACGAAAAAACGAGCAUCAGAGCGAAGAGGAAAAGGUGCCGGGAGUUCGACGCACUCGUCGACCACACGGUGGAACAAAUGUGGCUAUAGGCCUUCCUUCGUCUCCGCCGCAGCGUGGCAAUCUCAAGAAAGGGACGCAGCGAGGUUGUCCACACCGAUGGCGACGUCUCCCUACCUGAAUUCGUGAAAAGCACCCUCGCUCUUGGGCCUAAGUUCGCAGUCGGCGCUUGUCUACGUCUGUCUCUUUCGCCGUCCUUUGUCUAAGUUCGCGCUGUUAUACAUUUUAGUGAUUUCGGUAAUAUAAGAACAUGGUCCUCAAAUUGUGUGCAAAGUACGGAACCUGUUGACUACCUUUUGCCCAUUCCUGUCUGCGAGAGCUUACUGAGUCAUGGCAUCAUAGUAAAACUGCUUCAGUGGUGGUGUUAUCUUUCUCUUUCUCCUUGUGGUAGUUGUGAGCGAUGUUUGGAGGCAUUAUACUCUGUGCUCAUAGUUAAGCUGAGAACGCCAGCCACUUGUACAAUUGAUUGCAGCAUGAUUUUUUUAGGAGUACUGCAUGGUGCUUUUGUCUCUUCUGCGAAGAGGGCUAGAUUUUUCAAGUGUGCUAUUUCUUUUCUGCAGAUGCUCAUUAGCAUGGGUACCGUUCGGACAUAACUUUGUUGUGGUGCCGCUUCAAUUGCGCCUGUAAAUGCCCUGUUGUAUUGUGUACAGUGUCUUCAUUGUGUUGAGGUUUGUAAAUUUGUGUUGUCAUUCCCAGCUCACCACUGUAACAGCUGGAUACUUCCGCACGUGCAUGUUUUUAUCCCUGCCCAGGAGUGCUGCUAAACACAAACACAGUCGGGCUUAUUGGGAAAGCUUUCGGAGACGCAAGGCAGCGUUAGCAUCAUCGUAAUUUCUGAAUUUGCUAAAAAAAAGUAUGUGUGCCAUUACACGUUUUUACAGUCCACCUUUUUUGUUGAGCCGAUUCAGUUCCUGGGUCAAGCAAGCAUGUACAGUCAAACCUCGAUAUAACGAAGUUGUACUUGUAGUGAAAAACUUCGUUAUAUCGAGAAUUUCAUUAUAUCCAGAUUUCGUUAAUUCAAUAGAACUAAGAUAGGGAAAUAAAAAUAGUUCGUUACAUCGCGAAUUUCGUUAUAUCGAGGUUUGACUGUACUUAGAGCCAUUGAGGCUCCAAGUACAUGCUUGAAAUGACCGGGAAUGUCGUUAAAUUGAAACUGUGUCAGAAAAUUACUUUGUUAAAUCAUGAAAGAAAUACAUGAUGUUUAAUGAAACUAAGAUCGGGAAAUGAUAAUAGUUUAUUACGUCAUAGAUUUGUUAAAAUCGAGGUUCGUUAUAUUGAGCUUUGACUGUAGUAUGUAUCCACAGAAGAUUCUGAGAUUGAAACCAAAUGAUCUACCAGAUCAACUAGUUUAUGAGGAACUGACUGUUAUUGCUCGGUAGUUAGUUUAAAGCGCUCUUAACCACUACAUUUGAAGUGUCUGCCCAUGAGUGCUUUGAAAUUGCACUAACUGCGGAGAAUAUUAUCGCAGCAGAAAUGCAAGACAAAAGUAAGCAAGAGCGCUAGGCUGUCAUGUCUUUUGCUCACAAGCUUGCCCCUACGAGGUAUGUUAGUACAAAGGCAGAGUUUACUGUUGUUAAACCCUUUGCUAUUUGCUACUAAACUAACACGAGCGAGUGCUAGUGAUCGGUAGUGACUGAGGCAGGCAUUGCUUACAAAACUUCUCACCCUUUUUUGCAGCGACCCUGCUGUGCAGUCAGUGUUGGUGAACUUGCUCGCAAAUGUCAAGCCACACAGGAACUUUUAUUACGCUACAAGUACACGACUGGACUGUUAAAAUGUUGCUCAUGAGUCGUAAAAUAGAAACGUGGUUAAACUUUUAGAAGCAAGAGUAGGGAGAGGGAGAGAACGUCAGGGUUAGCAUGACACUUUGCAUCAUGCUCAGUUUUUUUUUUUUCUUCUGGACAUUAAUGUCUUCCCACCUGGCAUGACAACACGUACCCAGUUCAUUCUGCAUUUGAGGUGUCGUCUGUUGACACACCGCCGUUUGUCUCCACGAUGUACAUGACUCGUGCCAUUGUGUCCACUGCAAGAGAGUGGAAAAACAGGCUCCACCUUCCUUGUGCGAGUGGUUGUUGCGUCCUUCAUGGCCAAUCGUGACUCUGUCUGCUCAAUCGUGCGACCGUUGUGCAUGACUGUUGCAGUGUGUGACCUUGCUCAAAAGCCCUCCGGGCAACCUUUUUUGUGUGCCUUGUUUUCCCUCAGAGAACAGUUGUAUUAGUGAAUUGUAUGUAGUACCCUGUUAAAAAUGUUGCACCUUUCGAGGCGUAUUCCUGUCACAUGACGGUAAUCAUCACAUGUGGGGUGCCAUGCAAGUCUAAGCAUUCUACACGGGGCACAAAGCAUAAAGUGAUGACAGUUAUUGAUAUUUUAUAAUUAUUACUCAUUGAUGGCUGAUUCAAAUCAAAUGAUUACUGUGCGGCAGCAGCACACCCCGAGAGGCGUAAGAAUUUUUGGCGCAGUUUUGGAAGCCCACCUUGAAUACUUGAAUGGCUGGCCUUGUUAAAUAAAAAAAAAAGGAGUCAAACCUUUUGCUUUACACUUUACCAGUGAGUGUUGUUUUUAGAUGGUAUGUGUUGAAAUGGUUCUUGUAUCCGCUGUGUACCGACGUUCAAAUCAUUACAAUCUUGCGGUGUGUGGUGCUACUGGUUUCAAGGACAUUGUCCGAAAUGUUCUGUCAAGUUGUUAACACAGCUUCUGCAGAGCCACACAGAAAAGUGUAUGCAUCACGUUCGUUUGUAUCGCGCAGAAUAUUCAAAGCUCACUCUAUGAUGAAACCUCUUGCUAAGUUAAAAGGAGGUUUGUUUUGUGUACAUAGCUGCAAUACAUUCGAGCUUAUGGUUGUUUAUAUUGUAAUGUUUGUUGUUUCAUAGCCCUGCAUUCUUCCUGAGACUUAAAAAAUGUUAAGGAUGUGAGGAUAAAGAAAAACCUAAUGCCCAAUGUUGCCUUUACUAAGACAUUUUUCAUGUGAAACUUGCGAAAGUAUGUAAAGAACCUGUAGAUCUUUUUCUUAAGCUUUGUUCAAGUUGGUUGUUGUGUCACAUGUGCCUGCGCUGUCCAGCAAUGGUCAUGCAGCGAGUGCACUCGUUCGGCUGAGGAACAAAAUGUUUUUUGAUACUGAAUAUUUUGAUGGGUCUUUUGCUCUGCUAAACCCGCCAAAAGGCGUAGGACCAUAUUUUGUCACGAUUCAUUCCACUCUUCAUUUCUUAUCGUCCGGCGUGCCCAGUCACCAAUGCCAACGACACGGCGUGGUGGCGUCUGAGCCCACGAUGAAAGGCGAAAAGGAUGGAAAAUGAAACGAACCGUUACAAAGUAUGGACUCUCGUUUCCCGCCUAUGUCAAGGCCCAGUUGACCUUGGACUUGAACUCGGUGGGUUUCUUUAUUCUUUGCAGAUUUCGCAUCAGUAUCUGUCGCAUUGCUUGUUUCGAUUCCCUUUGCCAGUCCUUUGUACUGAGAUAUGCUAGUUUGUCAGCAUAUGUUCCAUUGUUUUUUGUUUUUGUUUUUUUAGAACCUCAGUGCUGUACCUUCUUCCUCUUGACAUGCCAAGCUGAAAACUGUUUCAUUCCUCCUGGCUGGUACCAUGUUGUUUAGGCGCGUAUGAACGUUUAAAUAAAACCUUUUUUGGGUCUACGA